GUGGAGAAAUCAUUUUGAAUCUGAUAGCGCUUUUUUCAUCAGCUACUGUACCUUGCUGCUUUCACUACCCAUCAACAUCAAGAAAACGGGAUUUAAAACAACAUGGACGUUGGGCAAAGACUAUAUUCUAAUACAGUUCACUACAAAACGUCUCUGGAACGAAUCAUAGACAAGUAUUCGAAGCUUCAAUACCACGAUGCGGGGCAAGAGGUGGACCUCUACAACACCAACGCCUGUACCCUUGAACGCUACAUGGAGCUGUCAAAGAUAGAGCUCAACAAGCUGGAUUCAAAGAGCAUAGAAGAGUUGAGAGAGGAGUCAAUAAGCUCCCAGGACAUCACAGGAACCUCUCAGUUAGACUUCACGUAUCAAGAUGGCAGUGCUGAUGCCUCCUGUUCCGUUAUACACAUGUCGGUGGAAGAUGAUGGGGUGGCUAGCAAUGAAACGACUCACCUGUCCGCGGUCUCAUUGGAUGAGAGUCAGAGAAACAUUUCUUUUACAGACUUCCAGCCUGAGGACCAAGAUGAAGAGCUGAACAUGAGCCUGAGGAGUCUUGGCAGUUCUCUAGUGGAGCUGUACCCCAGCAUGAUCAGCCGAUUAGGGCAGGCCUGUCGUCGGCAGCAGGUCUCUAAGGCUGCAGACUCUGUGCUGAGGAGAUACCGCAGAUGGCGAAGGCAGUCAAACAGAAGCAAUGUGAACAACACCUUCAAUGUCACGCUGAAAUACACCAACAGAAAACCUAAAAACAUGACCGACCAGAUGCUGCUGGAGGAGAACACCAACAGCCCUGUGAAAAGGCAGUUCAUGGUUGCUGAACCUACCCAUCGGUCUCCCUUGAAGAUAGUUAACAAAAUUCAGGAUUGGCAAGUCCAGCAGCAGUCUCCUAGGAGGGAGAGAAGAGAGCAUCCCAUUGUCGCGAUGGACUUUGGUCCUGAGACUUUAAUGCAAACAGAGAGCUGUCUGAACGAGACCUUCACUGUCUCUGAAGCAUCCCAGCUGCAAGAACAGCCCUCCAUUUACAUGGUCAGUCCUUCACGACCUUGCUAUCCUGCUGCAAGAGCAUCCUUGGACGCGUCUCUCAGGUCUAGAAGGUAUUCUCUUUCUGCACACCCACUGCAGACUGAUGGCUGCUGUGUGUAUGCUUCGGACCCCCCCCCCUGUUAAAGAGAGACUGGACAUCUACGGCUCUCCUGUCAGGAAGAGUUCCUUAGAGGCCAGGAUGGUGACCGACCUCAGAUCACCUCAGGCCUUUUCCAGAAGCCCCAGAGCACAUGCUGUGGAAAGCUUUUCCAGAGAGCCUACCAGGCCCAGAUUACUGUCCACCCCGCCACAAAAGCCAACUGUGCUAUUGAGGAUGCUCCACCCUCAAGACUCCCAUCUUUCCCCCCACCAACAGCUGCAUUCCCCUCAGUCAGCCUCAGCAAGAGAGAGUCGCCACAGGCUCCGGAGGAACCUGUCCUACGACUCCUCCCUGCCAUUAUUGCGGGCCCCUUACUCCCCAAAGAAGCUCGACGAGGACUUUCUAAAGCUCUACCACAAGUUUGUCUGCCAGAACAAGUCCUCUUUCUUUAAUGGGAUUUCCUGCCGCCUAUGUGCGAGAAGCUCUGAGGCCAGCAAAAGCUCCUCUUCCUCGGCUAUUGCAGCUCUCGCCCUGUCGCCACACCGCUCGGUCCUGAGGAAACGCCACAGGGAGUUAUACUGGGACAGCCAGCCCCAGUCGAAACGCUACAGGGACGAGUUCGGCCCGUCGUCUCCCGGGUCCGCACGGCACGGGAAAGAGCUUCUGAGGCGCCGUCUCGCUCCGUAUGAAUAUGAGCAGUCCCAUGAUGGCGUCUCAGAUAGUGCCACUAAACCCAGCAUGUUUCAAAGAUUCAACACCCAGCAGCGCUCAGCAGAAGCACAUCAGGAGACCUGGAUGAGUCAGCGCCACCAUGUGUCUGCAGCUGAUUCUUAUGACAUGGGAAGUUCACUUGAGAACAGAAGAAACAAUGGCUGCUCUCCCAGAAAAUGGUGUUGAAAAAGGAUUACUGCGGCCUGCCAACAAAAGAAGGAAAACCAUUUUUUAAGGAAAGUUGCUUAUGAAAUAUUGGUGAAAAUGAAACACAUUUUUCUCUCAGUGAGCCAAGGAUUUUAUAUUUCUAAGCGGCUGUCACAUGUUCAUUAGCUUCUCAUCCAAGUUGGUGUCUGGAUGUUUAAUACAAAAACAGUCAAAGCUAUCUAUUUUAUUAUGAUUGUUACUCUUAGUUCUCUAAACCUUUUAAUUGUUGUGCUAUGAUACAUCUAUACCUGAGUUAAUAACAUUUGUUUUUUUGAUCGGUUCUUUAAAAUAAAAUUGUCAGUGUCAAAAUGCUGAUUUUGAACAAAACCAUAA